AUGCAUAACCUUCCCCCAGCGCCUGGCCCUUGGGCAGGCCCCGAGACAAUGCAGCGUUGGCUACAGGCCAAGGUCGAAGAGGACCGUCGCUGCCAAGAGGAGGAGAAGACUCGCCAGGAGACAAUGAAACUGGAACGGCGCAAGGUUGAUCACGCGAUCCUCGUGGAUGCCUUACGUGCAGGUGUGCCACCGCACCUGGCCCCGUUGGUUGUUGGGGGUAUAGACGGACCCGUUGACGCAAAGCUUGCUACGCCAGAGAUGAUGCAGGACAUGGCAGAUAUGACUCGACAUUCCUCAGUACCACCGCAUCGGCCUCAAGUACACCCCGGUGCAUCUCAGCCCGCGACGCUUCCUUCACUCAGUCAACAAUUCUCGACACAACCGGCCGGAGAAUACCUACGGGACAUGCGCACCCUUCCUUCCAAUGCAUAUGCUUCAUCUGCGCAAAAUCAAUCACCAGUUGUGAGAAACAGUUCAUCUCAGCUAUCAGCUGGAGGGGUUGGCGGCGGUAGUGGUGGUCGUCCCCCAUUUGUCUCAACUGUCAUUACUUCAAAUAAUACGCCUACUGGUCAUCUUCCACGUCCAAUGGAAAUGACCGCGCAAAGCCGAUCGAACAGUGGAUUACACACUGUGCAUGCCCUUGGUGCUCCACAGCCGCCGUCGAACCCUCCUCCUAGAGGUCAACAUGAAUCACGACCUCGCCGUCCUUCCCCCCUCUAUCGCCUUUCAUCACUGGAUUCCUCCCGGUCAAUCACAACCUCAAGCAUCGUCAAAUAG